ACUAAAACCUGUUGUACUAGUAUAUUAACCUUUGCUGGCUUCCAUCCAGUUCAUCUAUUACCACAAAUUCUCUCACAGGGAGACCUGUAGCUUAGUGCAAGAUUGGAAUGUUGUCAUUUUUACCAGUGUUGAUACCGCUGAUGUCAGGGUUGAAGACAAAGCAAGCUCUCUGUCUGUAAAAGUGCCCAUGCUGGAAUGUUGCCUGAUAGCCUAUGACCUCAUUCUUUCACAAACAUGGCUCACAAUCAUGGUGCAGCAUUCCGCUUGUGAAUGCUUUAACAACAUCUACACCCACUGGAGCGAACUUGAUGUUGUGACACAAACAUACCAUCUGGCAGCUGUCGUCAGUGCGGCAGUGUGGGCUUUGUUUUAGUUUAUCUGCCCUGGUUAAAGCCCACAUGUUCUGGAAACAUGCACAGACAUGCUGUACAUAGAUACCACCUUGAGUUCAACCGAGACAUUAUGGAUAAGCUUGGAAGACAAUGCAGAGAAAAUUCAGAGAGACAGAAAGACUGCUCUAGAGAGAGUGUGCAAUGUUUCCUUGCCAGAGCUGGUCCCGCCACUGUCCACCAGGCAGCUCGGCCACCUCAUUGUUGAUGAUGAACACAAGAUGCUGUACUGCUUUGUGCCCAAAGUGGCAUGCACAAACUGGAAGAGGGUCAUGAUCAAACUGAGACAUCCAGACAUAGAUAAACCUCAAGACAUAUCCCCACGUGAUGCACACGAAACAUACUUUCUUCCCACCCUGAAGCGAUAUUCACCAGAGGCAAUACAAUACAGACUAGACAAUUACUUCAAGUUUAUGUUUGUGAGAGACCCACUGGAGAGAUUACUAUCAGCAUACAUCAACAAGUUUACCAUGCCGUACAACCUCAAAUUUCACCGACUGUAUGGCACCAAGAUCAUCAGCCGUUUCCGAGAGAACCCAAGCAAUGACUCUGUGCAGAGAGGAGAUGAUGUGAUGUUUAAAGAGUUUGUACAGUACUUGUUGGACCCACAGGCACAUGGACCGCAGCUCAACGAACACUGGGACCACUACUUUAACUUGUGUCACCCCUGUCGCAUACACUAUGAUGUCAUUGGCAAAUAUGAAACACUGGACCAAGACGUCAACUAUGUCUUACAAAGAGCAGGUGUCGCCAAUAUUGUCCAGUUUCCGCCCAAACCGAAAAAGGCGCAAACAAGCACAUCGCAGCUACUAGAUGAGUACUUAGAUGAAAUUGGACCCAAGGAAGUUUUAAGACUACACAACAUGUACAUCUUGGACUACUUGAUGUUCAACUAUAGUCUUCCAAACUUUCCUGGUGAAAGAUAAUGCGGGGAGCCUGAAUCAUUUUCAGUCAGUCUCAGAUGCUGAACUAGAAGGAUAAACUUGAAAGGAGUUGUUAAUAUUGUUUUGAAACUUGAAUCCUCUUGUUCAUUGGUCUUUAGUUCAUCAAUGUUCAGCAAUAAAGUAAUAAAAUACCUUAGAGCUGGAAAUUAGUUAAGAUAAAAAGUUGAUGUGGUUAUGAGAUAAAGUCUGAAAAUGUAGAAUAGAAUGGGGAAAAGGUAAUACAACUUUUAUGGAAAUGAAAGCGUAGUGGAAAGAUUGUAAUUUUCCUUUGACUUGCCCUCUUUAUAGAAAGUUCUGCAACUCAGAAGGACGUCACAAGAUUUCGAUCAAACCUCUGCUUGAAGAUUAGUUACUUUUUAUUCUUAGCUUUGUUCACCUGUCUUGUAAUUUUAUUUGUUAAUGAUAAACAACUUGUAGGUGAAACAAGCCAGACUGAGCAUGUAAUAUCCAUGUCAUUUUGUACACUUAAAUUUAUGCUGGUGUGAGUUAUAUCAAUGCAUGUAUAUCAGUCAAUUAACUGUAUGAAAAAGAGCAUUUCUCAGUUUGUCUGUAAAUCAAAGACAAUAUGCACUUACUAUUUGCAUUUUCCACUUCUUUUUUCCUAAAGAUUCCCUGGCUGAAACUGAAAAAUUUAUCAAGGCAGUCAUAUCUCAGUCAGCCUCAAGUUCCUGAAUAAUUUUGCAAUAAAAAGUUACUCUUGUCAUGAAAUUUGAAACAGUGCAGCUUGUCUUGAUCUGCCAUAUUUAUAUGAAAAUAGUUUGAAAUAUGCCAUGUAGCAUUUUAUUGGGCUGGCCCCUUUCUGUACUGUAACAGUGCCAGCACAAGAUUGAUAGGUGGACAAUUAUUUGAAUAACUCUGCCUUUUGUGGGAUGGAAAACAAAUUAUUAAUCAUUGAAAUUGUCCAAUUUUCAUGUUCUGAGAAGAUUGAUCUAGCACUAGGUCACAUCCCAUUUAGUUUACCAGAUCUCCCAUAUAUUGACUUCCACGAAAUAUUUAGAGGCUAGGGGGCAUGUAUGGAGGUAACCAGGUAGAUACGAAGGUAACUAGCUAGGCUAGAUUGAUCUGGAAAAGAACCCAAACUAGUAGCUGGAUAGAUACAGCUGCAAAUAGGAAUUUAGAUAAGGGCCUAGUAUACCAUAGGAUUGCACUUCUGAGUCUGCUCACAUCUUACCGUGAAUACAUGCAUGACCACAAUGAUGGAUCAUCUGAAUGUGCAUAGCCAAUUUGCCAUUGAAUAAGAUGAAGUAGGGAAACCAUCUCAUUCAAUAUAGAUUUCCUUGAAUCAUGAUAUUGCCUGCAGCACUUUUGAAAUGAGUUGGAUUGAUAUUGGCAAUAGCACAAGUAGAUAUUAA